AUGAAAAUUUUAUUACUCAUAUCCAUGGUACUGAUUGGUACCAUUCAAGCCAUUUCAGUUUAUGAUCUUGUAAAGGAAGAGUGGAAUACUUUCAAGAUCCAACAUAAAAAACAAUAUGAAAAUGAUAUCGAAGAAGGUUUCAGGAUGAAAAUUUACAUGGACAAUAAACAUAAGAUUGCUCAACAUAAUGCCAAAUAUGAAAAGGGUUUAGUCACAUACAAACUUGCUAUUAACAAAUUUGGAGAUAUGCUUCAUCAUGAUUUUAUUAGAAUGAUGAAUGGAUUCAACAAAACAAUUGAUAGAAAUUUAAGAUCUUCUUUACAACAAAGUGGAGGUCUUACCCGUGGAGCUACGUUCAUUCCACCAGAACAUGUUGAGCUUCCAAAAUCUGUUGAUUGGAGACAGAAAGGAGCCGUUACACCAGUAAAAGAUCAAGGCCAUUGUGGUUCUUGCUGGGCUUUCUCUACAACAGGUGCUUUGGAAGGACAACAUUUCCGAAAGACUGGUGUUCUUACUUCAUUGAGUGAACAAAAUUUAGUUGAUUGUUCUGGAAAAUAUGGUAACAAUGGUUGCAACGGUGGUUUAAUGGAUCAAGCGUUCCAAUACAUCAAAGAUAACAAAGGUAUUGACACUGAGAAAACGUAUCCUUAUGAAGCAGAAGACGAUAAGUGUCGUUAUAAUCCUCGAAACACUGGUGCUGAAGAUGUUGGAUACGUUGAUAUCCCUCAAGGUGAUGAAGAAAGUUUGAAAAAAGCAGUUGCUACUAUUGGUCCUGUUUCUGUAGCUAUUGAUGCUUCUCUUCGAUCUUUCCAAUUUUAUUCUGAAGGUGUUUACGAUGAAGAGGAAUGUUCUAGUGAAGAAUUAGAUCACGGAGUUCUAGUUGUCGGUUACGGUACUGAUGAAAACGGAACAGAUUACUGGUUAGUGAAGAACAGUUGGGCAGAAGUAUGGGGAGAAAAAGGAUACAUUAAGAUGUCUCGUAAUAAGAACAACCAAUGUGGAAUUGCAUCGUCAGCAAGCUACCCCCUUGUUUAA